UUGGUUUGCCCGCGCUGUGACGUCCCUCAAAUAACAACUCGAGGCGGGCAAUUCCUGCGAGGACCCCGUGGGAGCGAGCGCUGCACCUUAAGCGUCUUGCCUUUUCUCCUUCGGCUCAAGAAGGGAGAGCGCGCUCCCUGGAGAAAGGCGCCGGACUCGCUGUCUCGAGACAGGUGAAGGUGAUUCCGUAGCAGCUUCCCAGCAGGAUGACACCCGCCAUCUCUGCGCCGGGAGCGUCGUUUUGGCUCCUUUUCCUCGUGCCCUAUGCUGUGGUGCCUUCCAAACUAAACAUCCCUAAAGUGUUGUUACCGUUCUCUCGGAGCACAAGGAUUAACUUCACCCUGGAGGCAAGCGAAGGCUGCUACCGUUGGUCUUCCACCAGACCAGAAGUUGCUAGCAUAGAAGCUAUAGAACAAGAUAACCAUCAGUGUUCACAGAAGGCUAUUAUUCAAGCCAGAUCAUCACAAAUAACACGGCUUACAAGUAUUAUUUUGGCUGAAGAUGUUUUGACUGGCCAGGUGCUUCGCUGUGAUGCUAUAGUUGAUGCUAUUCAUACUAUUCACAUAGUAUCUACAACAAAGGAACUGUACCUUGAGGAUUCACCACUGCAGCUGAAAAUUCAAGCCCUAGAUUCUGAAGGAAAUACUUUCAGCACUUUGGCAGGACUUGCUUUUGAGUGGACUGUUAUGAAAAACUCUGAAAUUAAUGGAUUCUCAGAUUUCCAUAAUGCACUGCGCAUUCUGAAAUUUUCCGAAUCAACAUAUAUACCACCUUCAUAUAUAUUAGAGAUGGAAAAAGUGGCAAAACAAGGAGAUAUUGUCUUAGUAUCUGGUAUGAAAACAGGGAGUUCAAAACUCAAAGCAAGAAUACAGGAAACUAGGUAUAAGAAUGUGCCUGCAGCUGAAGUCAGAUUGUUUAUUUUGGAAAACAUCAUUUUAAAUCCCGCUUAUGAUAUCUAUCUCCUGGUAGGAAUGUCAGUACAAUAUAAAGUCAUGAAAAUUAGGCGAGGGAAAAUUACAGAACUAAUCAUGCCUUCAGAUCAGUAUGAGCUACAACUUCAGAACAGCUCCCUCAGCCCUGGGGGAGAAACAAGCUGGCCAGUUGCCAGGUUGGAUCAGGCGACGUGCACAGUUACUGCAUUGCAGCGGGGACAGGCAAAUCUCGUACUUUCCCACAAAAGCGUGUCUAUGCAAGGGGCUUCCAAAUUACCAAAUGGCACCAUUUUUGUUGUGGACCCAGGAUACUUAGGUUAG